AUGAGAUUACUUCGUAAUUACCUCUUUCUUUUUAUGCUGAAUUCUGGAUUUUCUGCUGGCUUCACAAGCGAGGAUCUACUGAUAAAUCCCGAUCCAAUACUUGAAGAGAAAACGGGAUUAUUUUCCAGCAUCCAAGAUUACGCAAUAAGUUUGAUAUUCAAGACUCUGCAAGUAUUCGACGCCUUUGCAUGUGUAUCAGCAUGCCUCAGGGAACCCAGCUGUCAAUCAGUCAACUUCGGUACCUCUGGACAUCCCAAGCACCUUUGCGAGCUUAGUCAACAGACCUUUGGUUCCAGGUCUUUGUGUCAAGUACCGAGGUCAGGGUUUAUUCAUUAUUUUCCUGUUUGGGGGUUGACAGCUACAUUUGUCCUUCCCGAUGACUCAUGCAGAAAGGUACCGUGUAAGAAUGGAGCGACUUGUGAACCAGCUUGUGACGAACCAGGCUUUCGAUGUAAAUGUGGAGCAUUUAACACAGGUCAAUACUGCCAGUUAUGGAACGUUGAAGUGUCAUCUUGUGGGGAUAUUUCUAGAAAAACAAGCUAUCGUGCGGACAUGGCCUACACGUACAUGAUCGACAACAAACAAACAGAUAUCUAUUGUCAUUUGUCAAGCGAUCUGUGUGGAAGUAGGGGGUGGACUCUGGCCAUGAAGACUGACGGCUCAAAGAACACAUUCGCUUUCUCGUCACCCUUGUGGUCUGACAAGACAGCGUAUAAUCUAUCAGCAGGUAAAACCGGUUUUGACAAUCACGAGACCAAGAUGCCCAGCUACUGGGCUAUGCCUUUCCAGAGCUUGUGUGUUGGUAUGAAAGUNGGUAAAACCGUCGGGAACAAUUUGAACUGGGCUCUCAUUCCUUAUUCGGCUUCUUCCUUGUAUGACGUCAUUGCUGAAGACAAAUUUACCCUUUUUAGUAUUGGUCGAAAUCAAUGGAUGUCUCUGAUUGGUGGAUCGUCUUUACAAUAUAACUGCAAUGUUGGAAGCUUUAAUUUUCUGGGCAUAGCACGGUUAGGUUUCUUUUCAAACGACCAAAACGAUUGUAACACCCCAGAUAGUGCGAUUGGUUUUGGCUUUAGUUGGCAUGGAUUGAGUUGUGGGAAUCGCUGUACAGCAACUUGCAGCAAUGGAGAAAAACUCAUCGUUACUUUUGGAUACAUUUUAAUCAAGUAA